AUGACAAAAAUGAUGAAUACAAUCAUCUUUGUCUUGUGUUUGGUGAUCAGAAGUGUUAACUCUGCAGUUCAUGGUAUUCAAAUUACACCGGAAGAAGAUUUGGAACUGGAAAGGCAACUAAAGAUCAUUAACAAGCCUCCAAUCAAAGUUAUUCAUACAGAGUAUGGAUAUAUUGUUGAUUGCAUUGAUAUUAACAAACAACCAGCUUUUGACCAUCCCUUAUUGAAGAAUCAUACUCUGCAGAGAAAACCUAGUUUUCACGUACCAACCGAAGAAACACAUGACAGCCCCAUUUUUGGACUUGAUAAAGACGAGUGUCCGACAGGGACGGUUCCUAUCAGGAGAACAACGAAAGAAGAUCUUAUAAGAGAAAAAUUAUUAUCACACAAUACUAUCAUGACUCAAGGUAUUCCUGGUAUUCAUCGUGCAGAAGUAUUUCUUUCAUCAUUUAAUGGUCCUUACUACGGAGUUUAUGGGGUGAAUAGCAUUUAUAAUCCAAGAGCUGCUUGGAAUCAAGAGUCCCUUUCUCAUAUAUGGGUUCAAAAGGGAGACGGAAGUACAACUAACAAAAUCAGUGCUGGAUGGCACGUGGGUCCGCGUUUCUAUGGUGACGAUGGAACCCAUUUGUACGCAUCAUGGACAUCAGAUAAUUAUGAUAAGACUGGAUGCUUCAACGUCCGAUGUCCAGGAUUUGUCCAGGUUCACUUAAAAGGUUAUCUUGGUUCCCGUCUGAAACAAAUAUCUGGCUACGAUGGACCAAUUUAUAAAUUUAACAGUAGUAUUACUCAGGACCCGAAGACCAAUAAUUGGUGGUUAACGAUUGGAAAAUUUGCUCUUGGAUAUUUUCCGGCGGCGUUAUUCUCCGAUAUGCGUGAAGCAGAACAAGUGGGAUGGGGUGGGAGAGCAUAUAGUGCCAGUGGUCCUCUUAGUCCUCAAAUGGGAUCUGGAUAUUUUCCUGAUAAGACCUUUAGGCGUGCAAGUUUUUUUAGGAUGAUCUCUUAUCAAGAUAAAUCAAGAACAAGUUUUGGACCUGCGUAUUAUCAAGUAAAAUCCGUCCUCGACGCACCUUCGUGUUUUGGUCUUGUCUACUAUGGUAAUCUCGGAGGAAAAAAUGGAUUUUGUUUGCAAUUUGGAGGACCGGGCGGAAAUUGUAACAAUUGA